AUGUUCUACUCUGUUCUCUCCUGCGCCCUCCUGCUGCAGCAAGCAACAGCCCAGCUCUCUGGCACUGUGGGCCCAUUGACCAGCGUUUCAACCAAAAAAUCCACAAAACUGUGCAAUGUUCUCGACUACGGCGCCGUGGCCGACCAGUCAACCGACCUCGGCCCUCCGCUUACAGACGCCUUUGACGACUGCUCCUCUGGAGGUCUCGUCUACGUGCCCUCAGGAGACUACCUGCUCAGCAGCUGGGUGACGCUGAGCGGCGGAGAGGCAUGGGCGCUUCAAAUCGACGGCAUCAUCUACCGCGGCGGCACUGACGGCGGAAACAUGAUCUACAUCGAGCAUGCCAGCGACUUUGAGCUGUUCUCUUCAACGUCCAGCGGUGCGAUGCAAGGGUUGGGAUAUGAGUUCCACGUCGACGGGUCCAUUUCGGGCCCCCGGCUGCUGCGGCUGUAUGAGGUUACCGAUUUCUCAGUCCAUGAUUUCAUACUGGUCGACUCGCCCAGUUUCCAUUUUUCUAUGGAUACGUGCGAGAACGGUGAGGUGUAUAAUAUGGCGAUUCGCGGAGCCAACGAGGGCGGUUUGGAUGGCAUUGAUGUCUGGAGUGACAAUAUCUGGAUUCAUGAUAUCGAGGUCACAAAUAAGGAUGAAUGCGUGACUGUCAAGAGCCCAUCGCACAAUAUCCUGGUCGAAGAUAUUUACUGCAACUGGAGCGGCGGCUGUGCCAUCGGCUCUCUCGGUGCAGACACCGACAUCAGCGACAUUAUCUACCGCAAUAUCUACACCUGGUCGUCCAACCAGAUGAUGAUGAUCAAGUCCAACGGCGGCAGCGGGACAUUAGAAAACGCAGUCUUUGAGAACUUCAUCGGUCACGGAAACGCCUACUCCCUAGAUCUAGACGCGUACUGGUCAUCCGAGACGCCCGUGGACGGUGACGGCGUCACCUACACCAACAUCACAUUCACAAACUGGCACGGCGGCGAAGCCGACGGGUCUCAGCGAGCGCCCAUUCGCGUCAUCUGUCCAGACGCUGUUCCCUGCACAGACAUCACCAUCAGCGACUGGGCGCUGUGGACCGAGUCUGGCGAGGAGCAGCUCUAUGUGUGCCAAAGCGCCUACGGCGACGGGUUUUGUCUUAGUAGUGACAGCGAUGUCACGUCCUAUGCGGCGACCACGUCGACGGCGACGGCAGCGCCCAGUGGAUAUUCGGCGGCGACGAUGGCGGCGGACCUGGCGGAUUCGUUUGGUACGACUGCGAGUAUCCCAAUUCCAACUAUUCCGACGAGUUUCUUUCCUGGGCAGACUCCUGUCAGUCAGUUGGCGGGGAGCUCUUAG